AGCUUCAAACAAACAAAACCCAACAGUAACUCCAUCGUCAAAACCCAUCAAAACUAAAACCCUGCUACCAAAUCCAACCUAGAAUCAACACCAAGCACAGACAUUGACCAUGAAUCUCUCAUCAGAUUCAUUCUUAACAACCCUGAAACCAUAAAGGCCAUUCAAUCAAACUAUGCUCUGCAAAAACAAAAAUCACAGAAAAAAGGCCAACAGAAACUGAUACCGCACCUAAUGCUCAAGAUGAAGAAUCCCAACAAAAAAAGGCCAACAGCCCAAAAAUCACAGAAACUGAGAACAACCAUGAAGCAAUCCAAGAGAAAGAUAAACCAUGGUAAGCUCAAACUAUGACACACAAUCUCCCAAAAAAAUAACACCAGUCCAAAGUACCUCAAACCAGGCAGAAGAUGCAAGCCUCAAAAAUCCAAAUGAACCAAAAGAACAAAAUACCAAAAAUCCCAAGCCUACUACCUCAAAAAAUAACAACUUUGGACCUUCAAAGCCUAAAUUCUCAGCAGUUGUUGGGACCACUUUGGUUGAGCAGGAACCAAAGCAAUCCCAGGUAGAGAUUAAACAUGGAACACACCUUGGUAAACCUGCGGUUUUUUUCAAUGCACGGGAAAAAGAUUGUAAAUGGACCAUUGUUGCCAAAUUUGUCAAAGGAAAACCUACCAUGGACGAACUAAGAAAACUGCUUGCUAGUCAAAUUGAGUUGAAGGCUAAUGUUAAGGUAAUGAUCUACCAAGAUCUUUUACUCACACUUGUCUCACCUUACUGCCUAAAGUCAACAAUCCUCAAAAGUUCACUGAAAUAAGGCAUAUCAGUCUUAGCAAUUUUAGUGCUAAGAUUAUUUCCAAAUUGUUGAAUACUAGGAUUUCCACUCUCAUUCAUAAGGUGGUUUUCACAAAAUGAAGCAGGUUUUUUUUUUUUUUAAAAGGAAGGUCUAUCACAGACAAUGCUGUGUGAUAAGAAGGUGUCACCAAAGCUUAAAGACAAGUUCUACAAAGUGGUAGUGAGACCGACUUUGUUGUACAGGGCGGAGUGCUGGGCAGUCAAGAACUCGCACGUCCAGAAGAUGAAAGUUGCAGAAAUGAAAAUGUUGCGAUGGAUGUGUGGGCACACCAGGCGAGAUAGGAUUAGGAAUGAAGAUAUCUGAGAUAAGGUGGGAGUGGCAUCAGUG